CACACACGCUCACCCGCGCGCGCACACACACACACUCACGCACACUCACGCGCCAGCGAGCUGCUGGCCGCUCAAUGGACCGAUUUCCCCGGUUUCCUUGAUCCCAGCCCAGCUCGGGAUGAGAAAUUGCAAAAUGGCCCGGGUCGCCAGUGUGCUGGGGCUGGUCAUGCUUAGCGUGGCCCUGCUGAUUUUAUCGCUCAUCAGCUACGUGUCCCUGAAAAAGGAGAACAUCUUCACCACUCCCAAGUACGCCAGCCCGGGGGCGCCCCGAAUGUACAUGUUCCACGCGGGAUUCCGGUCUCAGUUUGCGCUGAAGUUUCUAGACCCGUCAUUUGUGCCCAUUACGAAUUCUCUGACCCAGGAACUCCAAGAGAAACCUUCUAAGUGGAAAUUUAAUCGGACAGCGUUUUUACAUCAAAGGCAAGAAAUUCUGCAGCAUGUCGAUGUAAUAAAAAAUUUUUCUUUGACCAAGAAUAGUGUUCGGAUCGGACAACUGAUGCACUAUGAUUAUUCCAGCCAUAAAUAUGUUUUCUCUAUUAGCAAUAACUUCCGAUCACUGCUUCCAGAUGUGUCACCCAUUAUGAAUAAGCAUUAUAAUAUUUGUGCUGUGGUUGGAAAUAGUGGGAUCCUGACAGGGAGCCAGUGUGGACAAGAAAUAGAUAAAUCAGAUUUUGUUUUCCGUUGCAAUUUCGCCCCUACGGAGGCUUUCCAAAGAGAUGUUGGAAGAAAAACCAACCUUACCACCUUCAACCCCAGCAUCCUGGAAAAAUAUUACAACAAUCUUUUGACCAUUCAGGACCGUAACAACUUUUUCCUCAGUUUAAAAAAGCUUGAUGGGGCCAUUCUUUGGAUCCCUGCGUUUUUCUUUCACACUUCAGCAACUGUUACAAGGACAUUAGUUGACUUUUUUGUUGAACACAGAGGUCAGUUAAAGGUCCAAUUGGCUUGGCCUGGAAAUAUAAUGCAACAUGUCAACAGGUACUGGAAAAACAAACAUUUGUCGCCUAAACGGCUGAGCACAGGUAUUCUUAUGUACACGCUUGCGUCAGCGAUAUGUGAAGAAAUCCACUUGUAUGGAUUUUGGCCUUUUGGAUUUGACCCCAACACAAGGGAAGACCUUCCAUACCAUUACUAUGACAAAAAAGGAACCAAAUUUACCACCAAGUGGCAGGAGUCCCACCAGCUGCCUGCCGAGUUUCAGCUGCUUUACCGAAUGCAUGGGGAAGGGCUCACCAAGCUGGCUCUGUCACACUGUGCCUAAGGACUCUAAUCAGAAAGUGCCAAACGGCUGUUUAAAAAGUGCCCCAAAUCAAAUUGAAUAGUUUUCAGGAUAGAACCCUAGACAAUUUCUUAUAAGGACUGUCUGCCAUUUAAAAAGGAAAGAUGUCUUCUCUCCCUCUUUUGCACUGCUCUUAUAAGGGUCUUAGCAGAUUUAGCAGGACAGAUGCAUCUAAGCCACAUGAUUUAAACCUAAUUGAUGAAAGGAAUGUUGCAUUUGGAACUAUGCUGCUGAUGAAAUGAUUUGAAGUAUUUUCUUGUUUGGAUUUUAAUCAUAAACUGCCUCCCAUUUCUUAUGAGGAAUAGGGCUGUAGUUUUUGCAGCUCUGCUCAGAAAAAUCCUCGUAAUUAUCGGCCUCUGGCCAAUUUGGGCAGGAUCUUAGUUUUGCCAGUGGGAUCAGACUCUUAAAACCGGAAAGAUAAAAAAUUGGUUUGCAUAUCUCAUCUCUAUCUAUCAAUCUAUCUAUCUCUAUCUAUCUCUCUGGCUCUCUGUAUCUCUCCCAGCAACCCCCUUGACUCCAUCACCAUGGAGCUUAAUAAUUUGCUAGGAAUCGUAUUGAAUUAGCUUUGCUUGUAUGUGUUGCAUCUGUACUUGGUGUGUUCAAGGCUCUGGGUAACUUUGAUGUUUCAUGACAAUCCAAACAAAUCAUGGUGGAUCCCCUUAUGAUUACUUUUAUAAGAAACAUCUCCUAUUAAGUUCUAACUAGCCCCUACAUGUAUCCAGCCGAAGGGUGGGCCCUCUGUGGUGAGUGCUGUGUAACACACUGUGUCUUUCACUAUCACAAGGGGCCUAUGUUGUGGGGGGCACUGCAUCUCUGGACAUGAGUGCCAUGUGGCAAAUCACUGUUGCCACAUCCACAAGGGCCAGACCAAUGGCAUUCCAGCCUGGGUCUGGUGCUGCCCCAAAUCCCAACCCAGGCAGUAGGCUGAAUAUUCUCUUAGAAUAUGGAGAUAAAGAAUCAGCUUACGAGCUUGGGAUAUACAGAGUAAAAGGAAGAAAAAGAUCAAUGUAGAAGCUGUUACGGAAUUCUGUGUACCUUACAGUACUGAAACCACCUUGCCCAACCUGAGCCUUUGAGAACCAGCAGGGUCCGGGUAGAGGAGAAGCUUCGAGAUUGACCAGGCCAGGCCCCCAUGUAAAUUGUGCUUAGACUAGGGUCAUUUUCAAGUGUCACUGUGUCCACCCCACCACUCCAGAACCAUCUGCUCCCUUCAAGGCAGUUGUAGACACUGGAUGUUCCCAUGUCCACCAGGAUCAGAUCUAUAAGCUUUUAAAAAGGAAAAAGCCAUUGUGGAAUGGAAAUAUUUGGUACUGAAUAACUCUUGAAAUUUGAGACUGUAUAGCCCUGCCAUGAAGGAAUUAGUUGGCCGUUUUCUUUUUCAUUAUUUCAGGCCGAGGAGUAGAAAUCCCAUUACUGUCAUCCCUGCUUUUUUACUGAGCAGCACUUUGUCCUUCCAAUCCAGCCCAAAGUCUGGCCAAGUUGACAUGAAGUUUUAAUAAGAGUUUCUUUCUUCAUUCCAAAGGCCAAUCAAUCACAUUUGUUAUGUACAUUUGGGGUAGCUCAUUCUUUUCCAGAAAUCUCAUCUAGAUUGCUUGCAGUGUUUCAAAUACUGUUAAAAAGAAUUGCUGUAGCUCAGUAAUCAGCUCAUUGCCCUCCUCAGGAUGGUAUACUCAUGCUUAAAAUUAAAUGAAAUGCAAUAAGGAAAGACACAGCCUUUAUGUUCAUAUUCUGCCUGGUCCUAGAGAGAGCUGUCUUAUUCUAAUUUUCUUCAGAAAGCUCUCUAAUCUAGACCUGGAUAUCAACUAGUGAAAGAAAAAAACCAUCCAGGUUCAGAUGUGUUUCCAGUUGUGGCACAUCUUUCUGACAAUAUGCUGUGAAUGGCAAUCAUCUAAAUAAAUGGGAAGAAAUAGGAACAGACAUUUCAAAAUGAGGAACAAUUAAAAAAAAAGCUCUGUACUUGAAAUAAUUAAAAGGGGGGAUCUUAAAAACAUUUUUUAAUUCAGUGUUAUAAUUUGAUGGGCAUCAAAACACUGUGUUUUAUCCCUGUCCCUUCAAAGAGGACAGCACUACAUUUCUUGUGGUGUGUGCUCUAAGGAACACUGAGAGAUUGAUAACUGACAGAAGUGUUUAGUUGGCUGUUCCUAAGCACUUAGAUCAUUUGUUUACAGCUAAGUGAUAUUAAUGUGAAUGAUACACAGGCCAGAUUCAGACUCUGGGGUUUUAAUCCCAAUGUACCCAUUAUUUUUCACUAAACCUAAGUUCAUAGACACUUCAAAGCAGGCAAAUUAAAAAAAGCAAAAAACCCAAAUCCCUAAAAUCAGUUAAAUUUACUAAGGUGGACCAUUUAAAUUUGGUCUCAUCAUAAUGCCAAGUUUGUUUAUUUUUUUAAGUUCAGGGAGUUUUUUUUUUUUUUUAAUCUCACUUCACUCUUGUCUCCACCUUCAUCUUAGAGUGAGUGGACUCUUCCAUCUCCCAACAUCAUUACAUCUAUCACUUUAACUAGGACUCAAAAUAUUGAGGAAGUGGACUCUUCUCCCAGAAUUAGAGGGUCAGAGAUCAGGCUCAUCCCCUAUCUCCAGGAAGGGCUUCCCUGAGGCCGAUCCAAAAAGUCCAUCCUUCCCUUUUCUUUAAAAAUCUCUGAAGAAAAUCCCAAACCUUCCCAUCCUGGUUAACCACAAUUCUCAUAAUUUGUAAAAUGCUGUAUGUGCAGCCUGUAUCCCUCCUAUUGCAAAACUUAAAUGAAAUAGGUGGGUAAAGGACUUAGCCCAGUUCUUGGCACAUCAGGACUGCACAACAUAUGGCAGCUUUUACUAUUCUGUUGAUUGUUCAUUAUAAUCUGGACCUACAUUCCAAACAGAGAGAGAAACAGGCUCUAGCUGAUCAUACAAAAAUCUCUUCUUGUUUUUAAAGACUGUUUCCAGGUUUAAACCUAUAUAAUAACUGUCAUCACCCAAAGAAGUCCAUGUGUCUCAUGCCUCCAGGUUGGAAAGACUGUGUGAAUGGAACAAGGAUUUGCUGCCUGUCCUGCUGCUUCCAGGCCUGUGUGGUCAAGUGCAGGGGACUGAGCAGGGGACUGAUUCUGCUACAGAUACAACCCCUAGCUUUGUCAUUUCCCCUGCUAUAUUUGUUCCAUGUGAAGUGCAUCCUUUUAUCAGAACUUUUGCUCUUUAAGGUUAGUCACCAAAGACUCCAUCCUCAGCUAUUGGAAUAAAUUUCACCAUAAAGUCCCCAAGGCUAUCUACCCAUGACACCAACACAAGUGAUCAAUUAAGUUGUGGGGUGGGGGUGGGGGGGCACUAAUCUGAAUAUGGUUCCUCAAGCUUUGUGUCUGUGUCUUAAGUGUCCUUGACUAUCCUAAAAGUGCUGCAUGUUUAGUAGAGGGCCGUCUGCCUCCCAUGCUGGCCGUGACUGCUGGGCCAUCUGUGACUUUGCUGUCAGGCACCUGACCGUGGUACCACCAGCAAGAACAUGCAAAAGGAGAAGCUCCCCUGCCUCCUUGGCCUGAGCCAUCAAUUAGCCACUACAAGUGAGUGUGAGGACUAGCCUAAUUUGAUGGGGAAGCCGAGGACUGGAAGAGCGUCUCUUCUGACUUUGGGCAAGGCAGUAAUUAGACACCCUUAGACAGCAAAGAAGUGUUGACCUGAGGCCAAAGGAAGCAAGGACAGACAAGUAGAAUCCUAAGACACUGGAACUAGAAGAGACUUGGAGCUUAACUAGUCAUAAUUCUUGACUUCACAAAUAAAAAAAUGGAGAAACGGAGAGGUUAUGUGAUUUUCCCAAAGCACAUAGGCAAUUAGUGGAGUAAUUAGGAUCCCUCAUCCAGUGUUUCUUGGCCUUAUGAGUAUCAAAUGAAGAUGGGCUCAAAGGAAAAGUGAUUUUGGUCUGGGAUCCACUGGGCAUUUUAUUAUUAUGAAAAAAUAAUACAUUGGAAAGGGUGUAAGAGAGGAAAAAAGAUAGCCACAUUUCCCCUUCCCAUGUUUAUUUCUCAAUGCAAAAAAAUAAAGGAGAUACUUGCCUAAGUAUACAACAGUCAACUGAUAAUCACCUAUAUUCUUACCUGGUAAAUCACGAUUCUGUUAAAUCAUAAUUCAGUUACUUUCAGUUCACAGUUGACAGUUGGAAGCAUAUCCAAUGAGCUACUCAUCUUAAUAAAACCUUGUUUUAAUAACAUGGAUGCAUAAUUUAGAAAUUGAAUACUGAGAAUGGUUGUAUACUUCUCUAUAUGUGUAAUUUUCAGCUGGUGCCCCUUGAGUUAAAAUAUACCUUUUGUCAAUGCCUUCCAUAUUGUAAGUAAUUUCAAACAGCAGAUUUUGAAUUAUUACAUUUGGCUCAAUAUGUUGAGAAGAUGUUCAAAUAAGUUUGGCUGGGUCUUCAUGUGCAAAAUGACAGACUGUGAAAUUUUCUGUAUAAUUCUGGAUCUGUAAAUUCUUUUUCUUUCCCCAUGAUUGUUUGAAUGUGCCAGGCAAAGCCUCUGGUUAGCCUCUUCUUCUCCCUGAAUGUGUAGACCUGUCCUUUUGCUUACAAAGAGAGUUGGGGCUGUGGAUGUGACUGAAGAACCAGGUGGAGCAUCACAGGUACUGGGGAGUUAAUGUACCUUGGCCAGCUUGGACCUUGGUUGGAUUCUGUGACCCAAUUAAUCAAGGCCACAGAUGAGUUGGCACCAAGGACCAAAAUGACUAAUUAUGCCUCUCACACUCUGAUUGCUUUGCCACAAAGAUAUAAAAUUUGAAAUGGGAAACAUUUUAGAAUGUCAUUAUUAUAUUAUGCAGUAUUUCUUAAAAUGUCUUUUGUUGUGAUGACAUUAUUAAGACAUGUGCAUUUCAAUAGAUGUUUUUAUCCUCAAUGAAGCUCACUCUCUUGUUGAUUAUGGUGGAAUCACAAUGAAGAGCCUGUCACAGAAUAACUGAAUCCAUGUUAAGUUUAUGGUGGGAUUAUAGGGUUAGGACAUGGAUUUUACUGCUGAUCCACAAGCAAGCAAACAAAGCUGCAUGAUAUGAGGAGCCCCUUAAAAUACAAUUCUUCAUCUUUACCCCAGACCUUUGUCCAAUAAGUCCAAUUAGAUAGAUCCCCAGGAGAUUCUGAUGCAGCCAGCAUUUGGGAACCAACAAUAUCUAACAGAGUCAUAUAUACCAUUUGGAUCAAAGUAUCUGAAUGCUUAUCACUCCUCAUACAAUUAGUAUCAGAACUGUCCCUUCAAGUUAUCAUGGAAUGUGGCCAUGUAGACACAGUCUUAGUGACUCAACCAUUUAGCAGUUUUGGUUGAACUGAAUAGUCACUAACUAAUAAGGAAAUAAUGAUGGUCAAUUUAGUCAGAAUGGAUGUGAGCCUAAAGACAUUCAAAGCAGGGAGCAAAGCAUUUUUUUUUUUAGCCAAAAGUCAGCUCUUUAUACUUCACUUUUCAUAAUUCAAACCAAGAGGCAGGUCUCAUGUCACUAAUUUUUAGAAACUGAUAGAUUGAGAAACAGAGAAGUUCAAUGAUUCCUUCAGAUUCAACUUGGAAGUCAGUCUCAGCACCUAAAAUAUUACUCAAGGGGUCUGAUUUUUCAAGCUCUAGGUAGCGUCUGAAAUGCAAGGAUUCUAAGGCUAAAACGAAAGCAAUCAUAAAAGAAAAUUCAAGGAGCUAAAAUCCUAGGACCAACCCAGUUUAAGAGAGAUGCUCAGCUGGCCCUGGGUUCCUGGGACCAGCCUCUGUUGGACAAGGCACUGCUAUCUUAAUGACGUUUUGGCCAGGCUUCUUUCUUCAGCUGUACACAUGCAAAGCCUUUAAGCAUCAUAGUUAUUAAAGGGCUCCUCUGAUUCCCUUCUCUGUGAUUCAGAGACCAUUUUAGCUCUUUGGUGUGCUGGUGAAUGUUUAACAGCUGGCUCUAUUUAUAGCACUUACCAAUUUCCACGGUGUAAAUACUCUCAUUGUAGUCAUUUUCUCUCUACUAACUUGAUGUCAACCAGCUAAAAACUUAACAAAAUGUUUUCAGGAGCCAGUAUGAGCUGGUUAUAGCCUAGCACUGCCUGAACAACUUCCAAGUCAGUGAAUGCCAAAAAGGAGAGGCUAUCAGUGGCUUUGGAGGGGCUCCCAAAUGGCUCCCCAGGGUAGGCAUUUUUGCCUUGGUCAGUUUUACCAAUUUUGAGCAAAAGAGCAUAUUAUUGGGUCCUUUAGGCUGUGGACCCUAAUGUGUCCAAAAUAUUUCCUAGCCAUGUGACUCUUAUGAACCUCACAACAGACUCCUCAGUACUUUAGGCAAUUAGCAGCCAAAGUUUUUUUAAUUUCUAAGGGUAGCCUUCCAGGUAAAUGUUCUUUAACUGCCAGUUGGAGCCCUGUUUGAUGGUCUUUUUUCAUAUCUUACAGUCCAACUCCUGUCUCCCCAGUUCUCUAGUUAUCCCUGCCCCCUUAGUCUUUAUCCUCCAGACACAAUAUGAAAUUCACCAACAUCCAGAAACAAUGCCCACAAAUGAGCAGGGAGAGGACCACCCAUUGUGCUCACCUGGCCCCACCACACCUAGAAGGGCUCCUGGGUUCAAAUGUCUCUACCCCACCAGGGGACACCCAGCCUAGCCUCAUGCCCAGGACCUAAGUAUUCACCCAGCUGGGCUUUAUUUGCCCUGAGAACAGUUCCCAAUGGGCAAGAAACAUCACCAAAUAGGAACGCCAUUGGGCAACCUCCAUGACUGACCAGGCAGAUGUAGGGGAAGGUGUCAUUUGAUGCCUUGCCCUUAGCCAAGUUACGUAAGGCGGACCCUCAAAAAAAAUUACCAACAAACAUUUGGCCACUGAAAACCCCCCUGGGCAUUGAACAAAAGAGUAACUUUCCUUCUUUCUCACCUCUGCUUGUGAGUGAAUCCUCUACUGUGUAGAAAUCAGAUUCCCUGGUGACCCACAAAACAAGCUUUGUUUGCAAAUUGAAAAUUUUUCUAGUGGAAGUCAUUCUUGGUGGGUAUAAUUACAUCCUUUGGAAGACAACUCUGAGGAAAACAAAAGGUACUUAAUUCCUCAGACACAAUGAGUGGCCACAGAUUUUUUUAUUCUGUGUGUGGUAAAUCAAAAUUAGAUCACGAAGGACCAAAUCUAUUUAUUUUCCUUGAUGUAGUAAAAUAUCUUACAAAUUCUGUAGGGCAUUUCUAGACUGUAAAUGUUUGCAAUUUGACUUGGACAUUUUAUAUACUAUGUUUGAAAGACUAGGUUAUACCUCUGUUUUUCUGUUCAUAUUCACAGCCAUCAAAAAUGAGCUUAUUUCUCUACAUUGAGGAAGCUAUAUUUUGCUUUAAAUGGGUCAGGUACAAGUUCAGAUGUUUUUCUGUGUUCACAACAAAUUGCAUGUGGCAUGGACCCAAAGUUUAUCUUCACCCUCUGGCUCUUUUCCCAACACCACAGAGACAAGUCCAUAGCUACAAGCAGAAGGGACAUGAGAGCUAGGCCCACUUUAUUAUGACCAAAUCCACCGCAAAACCAACCUUGAAGAACCAGCCACUCCCAUAAUAUUUUUAGCUGGGGAGGUGGGGAAGAAAAAUGGACAGACAAUGGGAGAGGGUUUGGCCGAUGCAUGGAGGUAGAAUAAAGUCUUUGAAGCACUCGCUAAAAAGGAGGGGGAAGUUGCUUUUGAAAUCUGGAAUCUAGACCAUUUUGCAAGGCUUAGAAUAAUCAAACUCCAUGUUAGAAAUACUCUUUAACAACAUCGUAAGAUCCAGCUCUGAGCCUUUAGUAUGCAGAAAGAAUAGUUUUCAGCCAUAAGCCCUGGUGUGGGGGUGGAGGGGUUACUGAGUUGAGAUCUAGCAUUGGCAAUUAGCACUGAAACUCUCCCAGGACAAAAAUAGGGAAACCUCGUAAUGCAGCUCCGUUUACUUCCUCACAUGGGGACCUAAAUCCAUAGCAGAACUUCACAGAUCUAGACAUUAUCUCAGGUCUAGAUUCUAGAUCAACAUCCUCAAUGUAGAGAUGAGAAAACAGGUUAAGAAAGUAGGUAGUGACCCGCUUGCCCAGCUAGUUAACUGGAAGUAGAAUCCUAGUUAACUGGAAUUAGAAUCCAGGUCUCUGUAUCACAAUCACCGAUUCUACUGCACUACAUCAUGCUGCCUCCAUUCUUUUGAUGGGAAGCUGACAAUCCACUGUGAAAGCAUAAAUUAGAAAUCAAAACAAAGGAAUGUAUAUGGUAUCUUCUCUCACCUAACCUACUUGGGUUUCACCAUUUCAUUUUAGCAUCAUUUUAAACAAUGUUUUAUCAACGUAGAACAAGGAACAAAUCUCUUGUAGAGUAAUGAUGAAACCAAAAGUUCAAAAGGCCGGAGAACAAUGAAUGUAAGUUAUUACCGUGGCGCCCCUCCCCCUCCCGUGCACAUGGUGCAUUUGUUUUGGAAAAUGCAUUUGUUUUGGAAAUGCUGUUUUAUGCUGAGACUGGCUGAGACUGGCGUUGAAGACUUCACCAGUUCCCACACAGACCAAAAGCUCUCUUGCUCUUUGGAAAAAGCUGCUGCCCUUAGGAAUCAGACUCACAUGUCUCAUGUGGCGCAGCCUUAGCUGCCCUUAGAAACAAGCUCCACGCAAAACCUCCGAGGCUGCCGGAGUGCCAGGGCCACCGAGGCCUGCAAGGAGCCCACGCUGCUGGACUGAGGCCCGUGUAAAUACCUCCUGCUUCUCAGUGAAUAAGGACCGUCAUCUUUCUUCCAUAGAGGUAAUUGCGUGUAUAUCGUGACUGUAGUUUGUGAAGAAAAUGCAAUGAUUUGCUUCGACAGCUCCCAAAAUGUACCUGUUAAGUGUGGAUGUGCCUGCCUCAUUGCCUCAUGUGCCAAACACAAGUACUGGAUGCGUUGUUUUUAAAUAAACUGUUUUAUCGUGUGUUGGAAA